AACAGCAUAGUCUGUUCUUGCUGGAUGACCGGUCGUAGCUAAAGCUGUUGUUGGCGGUCUGGCAGUUGUCAAUGCUUGGAGCAGCAAAAGCUAGUGGACAGCGGGAGCGCGCGCAUCGGACUAACGCUGUUUGCUCCAAAACAACCUGAGGGACCGUCAGUUAAUCGGAUAGAACGGAGCGCGACACGACAAGACGCGCCGCGUCGAGCUGAUGUGAUAAUCAAGCGAACAUAGACCAACAGACAAAUACACACAGACAUCAGGAGAAACAACGAUGAAGAAUGGUGGGGUUAAACGGCGUUCAAUUAUCAGUGAUGUGAUGCGUUCGUCGAUACAUACGAUCGAUUCGAUGCGUGCGUCCAAACAAAAUAACAAACAACAGCUACGGUUAUAGUUAACACUACUCUUGUUGAUGUUGGUAUCUUCAACGGGUAGCAGUAGAUCCUACUACAGCGACUGUAAUAGCCCUUUAUAGAAGAAGACCGGCAACGAUAUCAAACAGAAAACCCCUCGAGGACAUCUGUUGUUCCGCAAGGCGACUGAUACCGUUGGCGCUGCUGCGAGUAUCAGAGCAACUUUUGCGACGACAACAACAAUAACAACAGAAACUGUCUAACAACGCGAAUAAUAACAACAACUACAAUAAUAACAAAAACAAACAUCCCUGCCUCGACUUCGACUCGCGCAGAGACGAGUUAGCUGUUGCUGGAAGAACGAUGGGGGGCAACGAGGCCGUAAUAGCAGCAAUGAAAAUAGGUUAAACCAAUAGAAGACGACUGGCUGCAAUAUUGUCUGGCAUAGCAGAAUCAUAAGUGUAUAGCUGUACGUGUGAUCCCUAGCUGACGACCUUGAACGACGCUUAUCGAACCUCGGAAUUGAGUAACAGGUUUGAAGCUGUGAUGUUUAUGCUCUCGAUGAACCUCGGAACACUCGACGCCGAACAGUUUUUGUCUAUCGAUUGUUCUAGUACCGACUGUAAUUAUUGUGUUAGUCGCAACUCGUUUGUCUCGUCCGUUCAGUGAGGCCUAGUUAUCAGUGAGUCUACUGGCGUGCACCGCAAUACUGCUAUAGCUUUUAUCAAAUCAGCUAAAACUUCAAGUACGAAUGAUAUCGACCACUGCUGUCGGAUCUUUUUCUGUCUGGUGAUAAUUCCCAACUACUAACGCUGUUGCCUCUGCUAAACGUAUAGACAAAGAUCUUGUUCUUUAUUACUAUUAAUCUAUAUACUACUGUUAUCUCUGCGAGUGAUGCUACAGCUGCUCAUAGGGCGACACUUGAUGCGGCAGUGUUCACUCGGCCUCAUACCGGUCGCUGUGCUGGGCCGGAAAAGUUGUGCUCAAAGUGCUCCGAAGUUGAAGUGAUUAGCGACUAAGGUAGAGACCACGCCAGCUCCAAGGAAGUCUAGUCGACGAACAUAAGAAAUAGCGGGUACUCACAUUCUAAAAAGAAAGAUCCGAAGAUAAUGAGGCUAUUAUUUUUUUACUUAGCGGAUACUAGCAGAACCUAUCAGUGAAAGCUGACGACAAGAUACGGAGUGCAGAAUAUACGAUGGCUUCAUGAGUGGGGUAGUAAAGUAGAAAUAAAGAGAAAGAAGGUACGGACAUAAUUCCAGUAGGUAGUUCCUACUUUAAUAAGUAGGGCCAAUGAUGGUAUCAAGACGAGAAAGGCAACCAUCUGGUCAUUCUCGCAGUCAAUCAAGCGGGAGCAUUUUAGAAACGAAAAAUAAACGUGAGGCCAGAGCCGAAUCGAGUACCAGACAAGACUUAAGAGGUAAACAGUGAAAAGUUAGAACAAGCAUUGUCACUGCGUACGCGAAUAAAAAAAUAAGGCUGAAAGUUCACUGUCUGACUAGGCCGUUUUACAGACCCGCGCACGCAGCUAACGUCAGUCGGUCGAUACAGAACACGGACAAGCUAUACCUGCUGCAAGUGCAGCUUUCCGACGACGUUACGGAACCGCGCAAGCCGGUGUGCAGUUAAGUAUGUAUCGUCUUGUCGACGGUGCUAGCAUCAUAGAAAUCGAUGAGACAGCUGCUCGUUGAGAAGUGAUACGUUUCCAACAGCAUUGCCUGUGCUCAUUGUCACGUAUUGGGGCCUAUUUUGUAUUUGGGUCUGUGUUCCGUAACCUUCGACGAGCAGUGUGUGACUAAUGAGAGUAAUAAGGGGUAUCACGCUACAACCUUUAUAGAAGCAAGAGCAGCGUGAAGAAAAAACUGCAGGAACUAGGACACUGUCUUGAUCGGACCAGCCUCAGAAGAGUUGUCCAAGCAAAAGCGUGCCUGUGCGCUGUGCACGCUGCGCUUGACAUACAAUAAUAACAAAAAACGAACCAGCAAUAAGUUAACGGGUCAACAGAACAACGAGCAACUGACAUCAACAAGAAAAGAAGCACAUCGCUAUAACGCACGUACAUGAAUGUGUACGUAUAGAUACAAACAACAGUGGUACUAUAUUUCGACGCAUUUCGUCGCUUCUGCACUGUCCUGUGGCUUGUUUCUGUAUGCAUGUGUGACAGGUGUUCCUCAAAGUUGUCUAGACUGGUUUGCGUCUCCUGGCAAACUGUGCCUCUAAAGACCCAAGCGUUUCAUCGGUAGUGCCGUUUCGCCCGUUCAACCACCGACAUCGAAGCUGGGUCGGAUUAAACUACACCGAUAAGAAAGCGUUGAGUGUAUAGUGAACAUUUGAUCAGCUGUUGCUGGGUCAACUAUUUCUGCUAUUGCUGUGGACAUAGCCGCGAAGGAAAACUGAACGAAGGUGCGAUCGAAAGCUGGGAAUGGAAAAGUGUUAGAAACAAGCUUCUAAAAAAACAGUGUUCUGCAAGCCACAAAGAAUCGACUCGAUCCAAUGGAUUCAGCUCGACCAACAACGAUCUAUUAAGUACGGAACGUCAUCGGGCAAAAACCUUGAAUGCAAGGUUUGUCUCUCGUUGGCGUAAUUCGGCCUACUUCUGUCCUAUUGAACUGGUUUGCGUCAACAAGCUAUUUCAUAGCUGAUUAACGUGGAAACAACUUGUGUUAAGUUAACAGGCGCUCACACGCAGCUCUUUCUAAGUAGAGGCUGGCCUUGGUGAAACAAAAAAGGGCGUUGUGCCGCCGCCGACAUCGCUGUCGUUGUUCGAGUGAGUAAUCUCACUCGACCAUGCACGGUCUUCUAUGGUAAAAGGCCCAACGAGUGCAGUCCGUUCGGUUACUGCUUGGCUGGUAACGCAAGAUUUUAGACGAAGUGUCUGAGAAUCUGAUCAUCAAACCGAUGUACAUAAUCGGCUUCGAGUCACAAUGGACAACUUAGAACGGUAAAGACCGCUCGUUCACGGAGGGGUCGCAGAUUACAGAAUUUUCAGGACACACAGGUUGAACCGUAAACAAGUGAAAAGGCAAAGGACUGACAAAGACAUGAGAAGGACGCACAACAACCCGCCCUCAAGAGGAGACCGUUCCAGACCCUAUUCUAAAAUAGAGUCGACUGUCGGGUAUCUGCAUAAUACUUUUGGUUGUUACAAGGAUUGAGUAACGGUACACGCUCGAUCACCGGCUAUCGCUUCGGUCAUCUGAGCACGACCAUUCCUCCAAACCCGGCAUGCUGGCAAAGGUCCGCGAGAGAUUCCCACAACCUUCGAAGUUUCGUGAAUACCCAAAGAAAAAGCUUUACUUCUUCAAUAAAGCGGUGUUCGCUUCAUGCCCUAAGCACGUACAACGACGCUAAGUCUCGAAUAGUAUUCGUUCUGGAUGCAUGCUCCAUCUUCGUGUUGGGCCGGUGUGGCGGUUCUUAUAGUGGCGACGACAGGCAAGUAAACAAGCAGGAAAUGGAGAGAAUUUGCUACCGUCGCAGUAGUUGAAUUUUUUAUGUUAGCGAACUCGUUUUGGUUCAGUACCAGGAUUCGCAGUUCGAUUUAUCGUUACUGCUGGUGCCGCUACAAGUGCUUGUACAGUCACCUGUAGAUGUAACAGCAUCCCCCGCAGCCAACAGGGUACUGACCACCUUCCAGUAUGCACAGCCGUUUGUUGUUUUUGUGAUAGAAGUAGAUCAUACCGGUACUAGGCGCCUCAAUGCGCCAUUGCCGGCCAAGCAUCACCCCUACCUAUAUACUAUUGUAUAACAAACUGAGUUUAGUUAACGGCUUCUGCAGCUAAUCGAGCUGCCGUCAACGCCGGAACUGUCGCGGUGCGUUAUUAUUUGCUAUGGAUAAACGAGGCUACUGUGAUUAUUGCGAUCGAAAAGGGGCGCAUGCCUUCGCCUGUAGGGGUCCACCGUUGGCUACUUAGAAAAAAGAACAGGUAGUCGUCGUGCUCCAUAUAGUGUACAUGUGAGGAGGCUUUUAAAGCCCGCAACUGUGUCGUAAAGAGUAUCGUCGCCGAUUCGUAACUUAUAGUAUUCAAGUGAAAUUCGUAUACUGAUGUCUGUAAUUGUCAUUGUAUCAAAUAGAGGCAGUCUGCUGUACAGUGGGCUAGUAUUACCUCCAGAUGCAUGCACAGCAAAAACAAUUGGCUAUUGAAGAGGAUUAGUAGUAGGUGGAACGGCGAGGCGUGACGCACCCACUUGGAGUACCGUUGUUGCUCUUUAGAGCUGACAUUGUCAGCGUGAACUGACCUCAAGUCGGUGGGGGGUGUGCGUGUGUGUGCAUAUGCAGUGCAGUACUAUGUGGAGGUCACUUAUCCGCGCGAGAAUAUCCCAUUAGACUGUACAGACCCAUAUAUACCCGCAGAUAGUAUAUAUAUAUAUAUAUAUACACAAGAAACAGGCAGCAGUAACGAGAUAGAUAAUCGCCGGAACAACGUGAAGAUGUCAUCUCAAGCCGACCGACCGCUAAACCCCCUCCGCCGCUCGACAUACUGUUGUCCACCGCAGCUGUUACAGCCCCAUAGCAUUGCUGGACCAGGCAACAGACGAACGUCCCUCCCUGUCAUCGCGCUCAGUGGUCAGCCUGGACUUAUGAGUCUCGGGCCUAGCCUGGACCAAGCGCUGUUGACGGAGGCGCAUGGGCUGAUCACGGAUAUGCUGCAGGAUCCCGCGCUGCCGCCACACAUCACAUGCGGCCUGCGGGCAUUGGCGAAUCUGUUAUGUCCCCCGGGAGGGCCCGCAAAGCCGCGGGGAAGUCAGGGGGGGUCAUUGGCGGUCGAAAUAAGGCCCACCUGUGACUCGCAGGAGGAAGAUCUGCCGUAUACGGGCGAGAAGCCAUCCGCCAUUCCCAAGUUGCGGCGGCAUCUACCGCCGUCGCUUCUGCGACGAAUGUCGACGUCAACAUGGACCACGACGACUUCUGCCACAGGGAUGCCCACGCUCGAGCCAGAGCCUUCUCGCAAGAGAAGCACUAGCUUUAGUGCUGCGCUGCGUUCGCCUUCAUCGUCCCUUUAUCCUCCAGGAGAUCGGAACUCAUUGAGCCUUGAACCUGGGAGCUGCGAUGAAACGGAGUCCCCAUCGUCAAUCCCGGAGAAUAUACCAGAGACACGGAGAGACCGGCUGCGCUCUGAAGGGGCACUCAGCUUCGGCCACGGUGCCGAUGAAAAGCCGAUAAAACGAGACUCCCUGACCCCUGAUGGACACGAAGUUCGAUCAGAUGGACGAACGGAUCGUCUACGACUCGAACGCCGUUCCGAGAGUCAACGCUCAGAUGUCCUUUGUGCUUACUGCGGCCGGCGAAGCAGUUUCAGCCAAACAAUUCACGAAGAGCCAUUUUUAAAACAGGACAAGCCUCCUGAAAUUUUUUCGCCUUCACCAGGCGUGUUCCACAUCAACGGACAGGUGUUUGAUACGCAAAUGAUCCGAACCGAUGCGCUGCUAGCCACUCUAGGCGAUUGGGAUUUCCCCAUUUUUGAUCUCAACGAUCGAGACCCGACUACUAUACUAAGCAAGAUGUGCUAUCGAAUCUUCCAUGACACAGGCCUCGUCGAGUCAUUCAAGGUUCCCGAAAAAGAGUUUUUAGCAUUUCUGCACGCACUCGAAAAUGGCUACAGGGACAAGCCCUAUCAUAACCGGAUGCAUGCCGCCGACGUGCUGCAUGGGGUGUACUAUCUCACUUCUCAACCGAUACCUGGCUUGGAGCAAAUCCCCGUGACUGAUUCAACUCAACCAGAAUUUGGACAAGAUUCACCUAUGCACCAGACAUAUUUUGCACAAAGCUAUUCAUGUGAUGCAAACCUGCCAUACGGCAUCAUGGGUAUUAAUUUCCCUGCCCUGGAACUAAUGGCGCUCUAUUUAGCCGCUGUCAUUCACGACUUCGAUCACCCGGGACGGACGAACGCCUUUCUGGUCACGACCCACGCACCGCAGGCCAUUCUGUAUAAUGACAGGUCAGUGUUGGAAAACCACCAUGCGGCGGCAGCUUGGUCUCUCCUGCUGAGUAGACCUGAAUUCGACUUCCUGCGCAACCUUGACAAGGCCGAAUUUAAAAGAUUGCGCUAUCUCGUCAUCGAGUGUGUUCUCGCUACUGACCUUAAACGACAUUUCGAGAUACUCGCUGAGUUCACUGCCAAGAUGAACAUGGCGGACAGUGCGGGGCUCGAUUGGACAAACGAGGCCGAUCGCCUGUUAGUUUCCGAAAUGGCCAUAAAACUAUCGGAUAUUAACGGACCGUGCAAACGGCGGGACAUUCACGUCCAAUGGACGCGCCGGAUAGAACAAGAGUUCUACGAGCAAGGUGAUGAAGAACAACGUCUAGGACUUCCGGUGUCGCCGUUCAUGGAUAGAUCCCGACCGCAGCUGGCCAAAUUACAAGAAUCGUUCAUCAAACACCUGGUAGCUCCCCUCUGCAAUGCUUACGGCCAAGCUGGACUGUUGCCCGGUGAGUGGGUGAGCGUUGACGGCGAUCACUCUACCAGCCUGCGGCCGCCUUCUCGUCACGGCACUAAUGGAAACCCAGAUGACGAAGCAUCCUCCAGUGAUACGAAUCUAGAUGACGACGAAGCAAAGGAAGACGAAGAGGCUGGCGAUACCGGCAAACCAAAUUCCCAACGUUCAAAUCAAGUUGUCUGUUUACAAACCAAGCAUCUACAGGACAAUUACGCAUAUUGGAUCAAGGUUCUAGAGAAGGAACACGAGUCGAGUGCCAGCCUCAAAGAAGGCGACGGCGAGGAGGCCGACGCCGAAGACUGCUGAUUAUCAAUGCCCAGGAUGAUGACAACAGGUGCCGCCAUGAUUGUAGAGAAAAAUUAAGAGGACAAAGAAGAGAAAGCAGAUUUUUGUAGAUGUACGACCAGGAACAACAGGAUAUUGUCAGACCUCACGCGCCCCUGCGGAACCUUCCUCGCUUGCCUUUAGAGAGCCAUAGGGGACACCCAGAGUUGUAGGGUUGCCAAAACAAGCACAUGUACACGCAAAAUAACAAAGCAAGCUAUUACGCCGACUGAUAAGAGAGAUAAUCUAUAUAUACGGGCUCGUGUCCAUACAAACGUACAGAUAUAUAGACACACAAACGAUAGCAACACCUGAAGGAAACACGUCAAGUAAAGACCGAUAUAGGUAAACGAAGCUAGCCAAUGUGAGAGGGUAAGUUGCUCCAGAACGAAGAUCUACUCUAAAAAAGUCGCCUAAAGCUAGCUCAGACGAAAAUUUGCCAUGCAAAAUCGUUCUCGUUCCUACAUUGGCGACAUCAGUACAACUAUCCUAUCCAUUGAAUUGAAUUGGAACAUGUCCAGUGAACAAUAUCCACACAAGUGCGCUACAAAAAUACCCACAGUAAGUCUGACCACAGUAAGAGUCUAUUGCAAAUUUUCGAAGGUCCGCUAGAGACCGCACUAAGGCUACUCCAACAGAGGCCUCAGGCUCAAUCUGUGCCCCUAGGUCAAACAUCUAAGACAGGUUUACUCCUGAUUGUGAAGCCGAGAUCAUCACUGGCUUUGUGACGACUCAUGAAGUCAUUUCUAAGCUGGCGCAAAUCAAUUCAGAAAGGCUGCAAGAGGAGAAGUAUACUGUACUAUCUCACAAUUGUUUUUUAGGCGUCGUUCUUGUAAGUACAAGAGUGCAGUGUGAAUAUCAUGCAAUUUGCAGAUCUGUAAUGCUCCGAAGGCUCUGGUUCACCACGCUUUUCCUGAAAUAUAAAAUAACCCUGACUCUGAUAAGCUUUUGUCUGGCCACGCCACUCUCGAAGUUCCAUCUGAUCGCUUUUUGAUCAAGCAGGUUUUAAAAAUGCAGCGAGCCAUAUUUGUUUGAUGCCAGACCAAUCACCUGGGGAACACGCUCUCCUUGACAGAAGACAGCUUUACGUUAGUGUUAUUGAUUUAUAUAUUGGAUGAAUGAUUAGGUCGUCAAAAAGCCAUAUAAGCAUAAGAGGAAAUAACGAACAAGAUUAAGAUUGUGUUGACGUGUGACUGAAAUAGUUUAGAAGAGCGUCAUUGAUUCGAAUCAGCUUCAAUUGGGGAUGUGACACAUACGAGUGGCUAAAACGGGUAGACAUGGUAUGACUUUUGAGAUCUGUGUCAAACCAGCAAGUUACUUUGUCCAUAACUAAGACCUUCAGUUGAGGUCUGCCUAUCGAAUAAUUUGAAAGAAAGCGAUACGGCUUAACGAAUUUGUCACCUAGGUAACACAACAGGGAAAUUAAAUAAGUAUCUAUAUAUGACAUAUUUUGGCCCGUCAAACUGCAGGGCAGAACUAAAAGCGCUCACUUCGGCUUCAAAACGUUAGGCCAAUCAAUGUAUGAUAGCAGCCAGAUCAUUGACCUUUCGAAAAUCGAUAUGAAACCUGUGAGCUAGAAUGGCUCCGAAACGACUGACAUUGAGGAGAAGAGCCAGACCUGGGAUGCGAUAUGAACCUCCACAAAUGUUUAUGUCUGUCAGUGUGACAUAGGCAUCAGUUAGCCUUCAUAUCAAGAAGCAGUAUUGUCAACUAUGUGUCGUUUACGAUGCUUACCGAAUCUCCGGGGUGGUUUCUGUCGGGUAUCUAAGCCUAGGUAGUAGCAUGUGUAGUUUGAACAAUCGGCGUGCCACAGAGCGGAAAUAAGAGUACGAUGACAAGUAUACACGGGAUAUUGUAGCGUACACAGUCCGGCUGGACUUGAUUUUUAACUUAAGUUGUACGCCUCAGUAUGCUUGUUGAUCACACCAUGUUAAGGACAAACAUAGAGAAAUAAAAGAUAAACACAGCCAUGAAUGACCGAAACAUCCACCUAUUGUAUCGGUGACGCAUAAUGGAAUAAUACUUCUCAUAUAUAUACAUAUAUAAUUUUAUUAAUAUAUAAUUUUCUUAUCUUUCCAAUGUGGUCCCGUAGCAGACUCUGACUGUUGUUGAGAAAUGGCGUCGCAAAAAUAAAGAGAAAAACGUCGCUAAAUAAAAACUUCACACCAUUUGCAGGCGAAGAAAUGUUGCAUUGUGUACCGCCGCAAGCGCCAUUGAUCUUUAACCGUUGAUUUAGUGGACGUUGUGGAACUUAAUGAGUAUAUAAGAGAAUACGGCGGUAAAUAGGCAGCACUGAGACGAAAAACGGGCGCUGAUAAAUAUAACACACACCUAUUCAUACAGUUAGUAAAAGAGAGGGAGAGAGAAGAGAGGCGAGAAAAGGUGCAAUAAAAACAGGAUCAGCAACCAAAAAAAGCCUGGACAACCAAUAUGACGCGCAACGUGAGCUGCGCAUUUUUAGACAAAAAUGCCACCACGAUAUGCCCCAAAGUGGGUGGCGUAAAUUUCAAACCUAAAAAGCCUCAUCGACGAAUCUCGCUUAGCAGCCCAUUGACGAAACAUGACGAAAGAGUUUAAACAGGCUUAUUCUGACAUUUUGUCAUGCUCAGUCAUAUGUGCAAACCGAAAUCACGGUGGUCAUAGGUCUUUCAUGACCAAGUCGCGUUUCGAAAUCGGUUCCAGAAACAGCCUGCUACGGCUGUGGCUACUGUAUAAGAAGCUAUUCCAACGGGUUACACGUUACUUGCAGUGCUCGGUCGUUAAUGAAGAUUACUAUAACAACGAGUGAAUCAUAAGCGGGCGACAUUGCCAUGGCGAUAUAAUGAGCACAGAAACAUCUCGUGACAUCACUACAUGCCUGCGUGAUUUGCAUCAGAAUGCGUUCAUGUGUGACGUAAAGGUAUGAGUUAGGACUAAAGUAACAGUUCCUUGGCAAAUUCAAACUUCAGGCUUAUGGACAAGUCCUGCAUAUUGCUCUGAAAACGUCAACAGGCAUCUUCUCUCUUUCUCUUUGAGGAGGGGAAGUUCACCUUCUGCAUUGAAUGAACGUUUGGGAGCAAAUUUGAAAAAAGUAAGCGCUGGCCAAAAACCUCCUGAACAGGCCCACUCAACAGUGACCAUAACAGCAGCAACGAGCGUCAUCUUUUCCGACGAUAAUGAUGUUCAAAUGGAACUGUAUAAACGGACAAAUAUAUAUAUAUAUAUAUAUAUCUUGGGGGAUGACAAUUAAUUAAUAUAAAGAGACGAAAUAAAAAAGAAGCACUUAGCUACUGUAAGCAGUUGCUGAUAUCGUGCGUGUAUCGUUACUUUAUUGUCAAAUGCAUCGUUGCACUGGUCGGGAAAACGAGUAACAAAAUAAAAAUAAUGAUAAAGUCAAUAUAGCAUGAUUAUUAUAAACACUAUUGCUAAUAUUACGGGAAUUAUAUAUAUAUAUAUAUAUAUAUAUAUAUAUAUAUAUAUAUAUAUAGCAACGACGCCGCAUAAAUACCACACACGUAGGCGCAUAAAUAUAACUUGGCGUUACCAGACAAUAAAAACAACAACAAACGGGAGUACGUAUACAGGGUACGGCAGCUAAAUAGCAGAACCUCGACGGGCUGUCGACAUGCGUUUUCUCGCUGUCCUCGGUGCCAGAAGAAAGCCCGUUCUUUCUGGUAUAAAAAAACUAGUUCGUAAUGGCGAAGCACAGUGCGUCUUUUUCGGAACUUGAACAAAGAUUAGCUAUUAUCCCAUCUCUACGCGCUUGGCAAAUCCCCACAAAGAUUAACAACUUCUUUUUUCGCCUGAAAUCGACGGCUUACGUUAUCGCUAGUUUUUCUGCGGUUUCUGAAAAAUACGAAAUAUUUUCAUGAGGCAAGCUAGAGGAUUAUUUGUAGGGUUGGGAUCUAAAGGGUUAAAAAGUAAUUUUCGGCGAAGUUAACCCUAACGGUAUCGCUUAUUGCAAUUAUUGAGAAAAAAAACUAUUUGCAAAUUAGUCAUAUUGAAAAAAGUACUUAAAUUAAUUUGAAAAUUACUAGUGAGUCGUUUAGGUUCUGAAUUGAAACCACAAUGUGAUGGUUAGAUGCAAUAAGCAUGGCUGUCAGGAAUGACGCUUAUAACACACGUGAAGAGUUUCGUCAAAGUAUCUCUCAUUAUUCAGGUAUAGCCUAUGAAACAAAACAUAAGGGAAGGUCUUAAUUUGGGUGCCGCACCCUGAAUUUAUAGCUGAUGUCUGUAGAGGAACAUACGCGACGCAUUAAACAUAUGAUUAUAAGAAUAACAAACUAUUAAUAGUAUUAAAAGAUGGUUGCAAUAGAAGCAGCAUAAUAACAAAAAGACUAUGUAAUGAUAAGAAACUAUAUUUGAUCGGUUAUGUCUGCUGCACCUGUAUUAGAAGGAGACAAUUGUCAAUGACGAGCUCAUCACCAAGAUCUUAUGAUCUGCCACGAGAUUUGGCCAGAAUCACACAAGGUUGAAAGAUACCAUUCACAAAAAUCUAUGUAAGUAAACUAACUUACCAAGAGGGGAACGCAGAGGUUAAUCGGAUCGUUCCGUGGAGCGUCAGUGAGCAUAUUGAAAUCAAUGUGAUACUGUAAGAAAGUAAAGCAAGGCAACGGACUGUCGUUUUGUGUAUUUCAACACAGACAAACUGCCGAAAUAUUCGGCUGUCUCAACAGAAAAAAAAAGGAAAAUCGUCAGAAAACAGCUAAAGAAAAACUAGAACAGAGUGACAUAAAACACUCUAAACGAUAUUAGGGACAGCGGAGCGUAGAAUAUGGGGGCCGGGGGGCAAAAAAAUAGACAGAUUUGUAUCGAAAAAUGCUAUGUACGAUUAAAACAACAAUAAUCUAACGACAAUAACACCACAACUAACAAGGCUGAGAUGGAGACGAUAUACGCGUAGAUAACAUGGUCAUGGUUGGUCGAAUUAUAAUAUGCGCGGUGAUGCCGUGUUUCAUGCAUAGGUUAAAGACAUACGCAAUACACAUACGCAUGUAGUACAUACCCAUACAGAGACCGAUGAGAACAAGACAGAAGAGUUAGAGUGAAAGCUACUGAAAAAAGAUGGAACAUAGCAAGAACUUGCAUUAAAGUGGUUGUAGCAGUUCUGCUGAGCAUUUCGACAUGUUUUUGUUGAGGCAGGCAACCGCAAAAAGGACAAUGAACGAGACAACAUAGCGGCAGCAUAUAUAAGCACAAGAACUGCCAAUUAAACAAAUGGACUAGAAGUGUAGAGAGAGACAGUGUCGGGAUGAAAUCGAAAUGACGGAAUUGCACAUAAAAGGGUUAGAGGGAGAGAAAAGUACCAGUGGUAUUCACGGUGAAACAGAUAACCCAACCACAAGAAAACAACAGUGAGAUAGAUGGAGCGAAAGUUCAGCUAUGUGCGGCCAGAACUGGGGACAAAUCGUGUGAUCACUAUAACGAUAACUUGAAUAAAACAUAUAAAGAAUAAUAUUCAGCUAUAGCCAUAACUGUAGCACCCUCCUCCCCCCCAAAAAAAAACAAUAACAACACAGGACACAAAAGACACACACUCACAAACAUAUAAUAAAUUAACUAUAUAUAAAUAUAUAUGACGAUGAUGACGAGGACAUCAACAAUAUUAGUAACAGUAAAUAAUUUAUGGUGGUUGGAGACAUAUGUAGGCUGCCGAUAACCGUGUCGCGAAACAAGUGAGCGUAAAAAUAAAGAAUAAUUGCAAGGAGCUGCUGAUAAUAUUAAACGUUGAGGAGCAGGACAAUGUCAGGUCAAUGUUUAUUAACAUUGUACGGCGCCAACAACGUCACGUAUCUAACCCGGGCUUGCGUGAUCACUAAAUCCUUGACUUGCUCUAAGUAUACCAUCAAUUCGCCGACUGCGUAGCAGAGAGUCCGCCGGGCAUGAGGAAAACUAGGCUUGAGGCUACAUGCAGCGGCAGCAUUGCAGAGAAGAAGCAGAACUCAGGAACGACCCGCCCAUAAAAAUGGUGGUAGUUGUUCAAUUUGCGGCAACAUGGGGCAAAGCCACAAAUCAAAUCAAACAGAACAGGAAGAUAAUGUGGGACAAAACAAACAAUGAUCGUAAUGGUAACGAUAAAGAAAAUUACAACAGGGGAAAAAUACAUUUUUAGGUAAAAAAAAUAUAGGCUGGGGCAAAAGGUCAAGAAAUCCGAAAAGAAAUAAAUAAUAAACUGUUUUUGUCAACUGUGUUA